AUGAACUGCUCUGGUCGGUGCUGGUGGUGCCGGUGGUGCCUGCUUGGCGUGGCUCGAGAUGCGUCACAGCAGGACAUCCGUGCUGCGUACAAGAAGCUCGCCAGGCGAUGGCACCCAGACAAGAACCAGGGCGCAAAGGCAGCACACGAGCGGUUCCUGUCAGUGCAGGCAGCAUAUGAGAUGGUGGGGGAGGAGGAGGCGCGGAGGAGGUUCGACCGCUAUGGUGCUGAUGAGGACGGUCACAGCGGUGGGGGUCAGUACCAGAGACAGCAGCGCUACCAGCAUCAUCAUGCCUACUCCGACUCGUUCUUCUCGCACUGGGGACAGCAGCAGAGCGAUGACCUCAUGCCAUCGGCCACUAAGACGCUGACAGCUGUCAACUUUGGGCAGCAUGUGCUGGGCGGCGGGGACGCGUGGCUCAUCCAGAUUUUCUCCAUCUAUUCGCCACAGUCCCGCGCCUUUGCCCCGCACUGGGAGAAACUGGUUCCAGUCGACUCCUCCUCCUCCCCUUCCUCCUCCUCAGCAGCAGCAGCUCUGCUUCUCCAGAUGCGGGUAGCAGCAGCAGACCCGCAGUGGCGUUCCUCCCUGCACUUCUCCUCUGUCGCGCUUCACCCACACCACCUCAACGCGCUCGCCCCUCGUCUGGGGCUGCGCCGCCUGCCCUGUCUGCUCAUAUUCAAGGACCCUCUCAGGGAACCGCUCGUUGUCACUGGGAAAUGGAGCAAAGACAGGCUUCAAGACGUGCUGUCUAAGAACCAAUCGCCUGAUCUCCUUUCCCUACACAAGGACUCAGCACCUCUGCUCCGCUUCUACAUCCCGGAUUCCUCCCACGUCUUCUCCCUCUUCUCCUCUUCCUCCUCCUCGUCCUCCUCCUCUUCCUCAGCCGACUCCUCUCACCCCUCGCUCCCCGCACACGGCCCUUGGUAUUCUCUAGUGCUCAUCAGCCAUUCAGCAGACCUUGCCCUCUCCAACUCCUCCUCUUUCGCCUCCUCCCUUUCGGUGUUUGAGUGGCUAUCAGAUCUCAUAGGAGGCAGCGAGUCACAUGACCUUGUGCAUCCUCAGUUCCGACCACUCAAGCAACAACCCCCCGCUCUGGCCCACCCAAACACCUGGUGGGACCACACACUCUCUCCCUCCUCUUCCUCCUCUUCUAUACCUGCCUGGUUUCUCCCCUCCGCCCUUCUCUCCUUCCUCUGGCAAUCCUUCUAUGCCUGCAAACACACUCUGGAGCUGCUGUUAGGGGAGCCGCUAGGGGAGGCUAUUUCAUCCCCGCUAUUGUCUGCCUUCAUAACGCUCAUUGUCAUCUACACUAUCGGCACGUGCUUAGAAAAGCUGCUGCCACGUAUUGCCACCAUGGAUUCGAAUGAAGCUCGAUUCGUCUCCGUCCCCAUCCCUGUCCCCUGUGGCCAAUUGCAGGUGGCCGCAUCCUUUGCCAAAGAACCAAGGCUUGUCUUUUCCCAUGUUGACUCAUCAAAACACCAAGCAUGGUUGUCCGUGCUCUCCCUCUUCUCCCCACGAGCUAAAGGAGGGAGAAUAACUGAGGAUAAGGAGUUGAGCGGUGGAGAUGGGUACGGCGCAGCAGUGAUAGUAUGGCAUCCACAUAUAACCAAAGCUCAGUGCAUAGGCAACAUGCCCGCUGACACUGUAGAAGUGCUUGUAACAAGAGUGGAGCGUCUCUUAGAUGGCUCGUUUGGUCCAUGGGUGCCGACGUCUUGGCCUGCUCUAUCAUAA